AUGCCAGUCGACAGGAGAGAAGUGGUGGCCGCAGUGGAGGCCAUCUUUGGAUAUCAGUUCAGGAACUCCGAUAUAUGCUGGGAGGCAUUGAAUUGCAAAGGAGCGGGUGGAUUCGCCCAAGGUCACACAAGGCUAGCCCUUCUUGGAGAUAGGCUCCUUGGGUGGAGGCUUACAAACGCAUGGUACCCAACGGGGAAAUCGACGGAAAUUGGUACUAAUAUCAUUGAUCAACUGGCGAACAACGCCCACCUCGCUCUAGUCGGUCGUAAUAUCGGCCUUGAAGCAUAUAUCAAUUCGAACCCGUCACAGAAGGGGCAAAUCAGUGGUAAGAUGAUUGCGGGUACUGUGGAGGCCCUUCUUGCCGCUUUCUACCUCGAUGGAGGUGUGGAGGUCUUAGAUAGGGCGCUGGCCAGGCUUGAAUUGCUUUCUGUAUCAGGCCCAUAG